AUGAGUUCGAUAAUAAAGGACUUGACUCGGAUAGCAUCGCUAUCUAUUAGGUCGAUAGCGGCAUUACAUCUGUUUACGUCUUCAUGCUACGAAAUUUCGCAAACUGAGGGAGCAAGCAUGCUACCGACACUCCAAGUGCACAAUGAUUUUUGUGUGGUUGAUAAGCAUUACAAGAAUGGCAACGAUAUACAGAUGGGUGACUUGAUAGUAGCACGGAAACCAACACAGCCAGAUAGUUGGGUAUGUAAACGAAUUACGGGAAUGCCGGGAGACGUUGUCUUACUUGAUCCGAGUCGAGAUAACAUUGAAAGAUUGCGAACAAACUAUAUGGAUGCUACGAAAAAAAACAGUGCUCACAAUAUAGACUGCACAAAUGGUGACAGAAUCACUGAUGGCAAGGGGAAGAAUGAGGCUCUACAAGGUUCUAAGCUAGAAGAAUUCAAUUCUCGAUUUAAGGAACUCAAAGUUGAAAAAGGAUGGGAUCGUGAUCCUUAUGAUAUGUAUAUUAUUGUGCCUGAUGGACAUGUUUGGGUAACUGGUGAUAACUUGAGUGAUUCUGUUGAUAGUCGAACGUAUAGUGUUAUACCGAUGGGGUUGAUUGCAGGGAAGAUUAUAAUUGGUAUGUAUCUCCCUAAUUUAAUGAGAUUUAAAGGUAAUUAUUAUAGAUGGUUAGAGAAUACAUUUACUGAUUGCUAA